UAUGGAGAUGUGGGACUAUAAAUAGGAGGGAUGAAGGCAGCAGAGAUCAGAUUGUCUCUACACAGACCUCUACAGCACAGAGAUCCACACAUGGCUCCUACAAUCACUGCAGCAAGGACCAACUCUCAGGAGCAUCUGACUCGGAGCCACAAGCUCAGAAAGCCUCUGGUGGAGAAGUUACGCAGAGAGCGAAUCAACAGCAGCAUCGAGCUGCUCAAGUCUCUCCUGGGUCCAGAGUUCCUCAACCAGCAGCCAGACUCCAAGCUGGAGAAAGCAGACAUCCUGGAGAUGACCGUUUGCUUCCUGACACAGCUGCUGCAGCAGAACCAGCAGCAGAGAAGACUGAUGAAGCACUUCAACAAGCUGCAGUCUUCCUCUGAGGAGAAGCUGACAGAGGCUGACUUCUCUCCUCUGAGCUCCACAGUCCACAGCAGCAUCACCAAAGACCAGAGUCCAGUCAGCAGCGCCCCCUGGAGGCCGUGGUAGACUCCUACAGACUGGAGUUACCAGCAGACAAACUGGGACGAGCUCAGUGGUCAGAGACGACUGGAAGUGAAUUCUAUGAAAUGUAAGGACUUGUUCUUCUGUAUGAACAGAAACAUGUAUUUGUGUGUUGGACAUUUCCUGAGGAAAAGAAGCAACAACAUCUUUCAAGUGAAGAAAGAAAACAUCUUGUCAUGCAUGUUGCAUGAAUCACAUCUGAUUGCAUCAGCAAUUAUUAUCACACCUCACUGUGUCAGUGAUGUAUCAUCAUAUGGUUUGUUACCUGUUGAUUUAUAUUGAUCUUUGCUGUGAAAACAUCUAAAUGUCCUUUUUGUGGACGUGUUUUCAUCAGGAUUUUAACUUUGAAUUUCUCUGUUCAGUCAAAUAUGAUCUGUUUUAAGAUCCAAACGUUUAUUUCAUUUUCUUUAUGAUCGAGAACAUCUUGUCAUGCAUGUUACAUGAAUCACAUCUGACUGCAUCAGCAGUUAUUAUUGUACCUCACUAUACUUCAUGUAUUUACAGUAUUGAUCAUUUUGAUCAGAAACGUUAAAUAUUUAAUCUUUGUGAUUUGUCAUAUUUGAUCUGUUGUAAGAUCCAAAUGAUUCUUUUAUUCUAAAAGUUGUUUUUAUUUCACUUUGUCACAUUUUCUAGUGACUGUUGUGUUUUUAUUAAUGAACACUAAUGUAUGAGUGGCCAUUAAUCUGCUGUCAUCACAAUGUGAUAUAAAUAUCUGGUCUGUUUUAAGGUCAGUUCUUAAUGUUUUGCUUCAUUUUUGAAGAAGUAAUUAAGUUUGAAAACAUCAUUGAUGAGAAGUUGUUAUUCUCCAUGUAUUUGUCUUUUAUAAAGACGCUUGUUUCUUUACUGUUACUGAGCUCAGUGUCUUGCAGAAAACUGCUUAUUGUUUUGUGAUGUG